AUAUGUUUUGAUUGGAGAAAAUAAUGUAUGUUUCAUGAUUUUUGGCAAACUAUCAGGUCACCCCAAAACCAGAGCUUUCAUCACCCAUGGUGGCACAAAUGGGAUUUAUGAGGCCAUCUACCACGGUGUUCCCAUGGUGGGCAUCCCCAUGUUCGCUGAUCAGCCAGACAACAUGGUCCAUAUUAAGGCUAAGGGAGCUGCAGUUACUGUAGCCUUCAACUUCAUGAAGACUGAGGAUCUUAGAGAUGCAGUUAAUGCUGUCAUCAAUGAAAAAUCGUACAAGGAGAAUGCCAUGUGGCUGUCCAGUAUCCACCACGACAGACCAAUGAGUGCUCGGGAUGAGGCAGUAUUCUGGAUCGAGUACACCAUGAGAAACAAAGGGGCCAAGCACCUGCGGGUUCAGGCCCAUGAGCUCACCUGGUACCAGUAUCACAGCCUGGAUGUCCUGGCCUUCCUCCUCACCAUCGUUCUGUUCAUCUUACUUCUCUUCAUCAAGACCUGCACAUUCUGCGUCUGGAUGUGCUGUGGCAGAAAGGGAAAGACGAAGAGAAAGGCGGAGUAACUGACCGAAUAGAAAUGUAGUGGGAUACAAAAAGGAUGGCUGAAAAAACAACCUUGUUGUUCACUGGUUGUCCUGUUGGACUAAAUCAUGUAAUGUAACCACAAUGCCCUGGAUUGGAAGUUGUGGCUUGGGACCAGUAAUUGUCACUACUUUGAACAACUAAUUAGGGCAAAAAAUAGAAACAACACAAAAAUCACUUUACAGUGUCCAGUAUUCUUUUGAAACUCCAAACAAUGUAAUGUGUUGUACUAUUUGUUUCACUGGCUUUGUCGCCAUAACCUUAGGUUCAGUCAACCCAGCCUGAAAAACUGAAGAAAAAAA